AUGGGUUCUUCGAAUGACGGUCAAAGAAGAGACUUGGAAGGAGGAGGAGAAGAAGAACAUGAGGAGCCGCUCUUGAUGGCGCAGAACCAGAGAUUCUCUAUGUUCCCCAUUAGAUACAAAUCAAUUUGGGAGAUGUAUAAGAAGGCUCAGGCCAGUUUCUGGACUGCUGAAGAAGUUGAUCUAUGCACUGAUGUGCAACACUGGGAAACCUUGACGGACUCGGAGAAGCAUUUCAUCAGCCAUGUUCUUGCGUUUUUCGCCGCAUCAGAUGGAAUUGUAUUGGAGAAUUUGGCUGCUAGAUUCCUCAAUGAUGUUCAAGUUCCAGAGGCUCGUGCUUUCUAUGGAUUUCAAAUUGCCAUGGAGAACAUUCAUUCGGAGAUGUACAGCCAACUUCUGGAGACAUAUAUAAAGGAUCCUCGGGAGAAAGAUAGACUGUUCAAUGCUAUCGAGACCAUUCCUUGCAUUUCCAAGAAGGCAAAAUGGUGUCUUGAUUGGAUUCAAAGUCCUAUGUCUUUUGCUGUGAGGGUGGUUGCUUUUGCAUGCGUAGAAGGAAUCUUCUUCUCAGGAAGCUUCUGUGCCAUCUUCUGGCUUAAGAAGAGAGCUCUUAUGCCAGGUUUGACCUUCUCAAACGAGCUUAUAUCGAGAGACGAGGGGCUCCACUGUGACUUUGCUUGUCUCUUGUACAGUUUGCUGCAGAAGAAGCUUCCUCUGGAGAAAGUUUAUCAGAUUGUUCAUGAGGCAGUGGAGAUCGAGACAGAGUUUGUCUGCAAGGCACUUCCGUGUGAUCUGAUCGGAAUGAACUCAAACCUCAUGAGUCAGUACAUACAGUUUGUCGCAGACCGUCUUCUGGUUACGUUGGGAUGUGAAAGGAGAUACAAAGCAGAAAAUCCAUUUGACUGGAUGGAGUUCAUAUCUUUGCAAGGGAAGACAAACUUCUUUGAGAAGAGAGUGGGAGAGUAUCAGAAGGCAUCGGUUAUGUCGAGCCUCCAAAAUGGGAACAAGAACUAUGAGUUCAGGAUCGACGAGGACUUCUGA